UCUUUUUAUAUAUCCUGAUUAAAAUGAUCGAAUAAAAAAUAUCUGACUAAACUGAUGUCAGCGAUUGUUCCUGGGAAUAAUUGAUGAUUCACCGAGUCUCUCUCGAAAGAGCAUGACGGAUUUCAGAAUUGCCAUCUUCCGGUGUGUCUACCCAGUAGGUCAACAAUGAAGAAGGCGAGGUGAAGCGACAAGAAAAAGAAAAGAGCGAAAGAGUAGUGGAAAGAGAGAGACAGGAACGACUGUCGAAUAUUUACUCAGUACUUAUCGUGUGGCAACAGAAUCCAAGGACAGAAAGAGGGAUCGGCAGUGACAUGAAGUGAGAAAAUCGACGGAGAGAGGGCAGAGGGAAAGGUGAAAAGAAAUAGAGUGUGUGUGUGUGUGUAUAAAAGAGAGAAAGAGAGAGGGAAAGAGAGAGAGAGAGAAGGAAAGUGAUAACAGGUAGCCGUGGGUUCCUGGGCCGUUGGAAAACCAGUGAUAGUGCUUGCAUCACAAGAGCGAGCAUCUCGUCGCGGUCUCUUAAACAUUUCGAAAAGUCGGAAAAAGCCUAGAAGAAUUAGUAGUGUGAAAAGGUAGAAAAAUCAACACCACAGGAAGUGCGACAAAAUUGGGAAACUAUAAGAUAAAAGUCGGAGAAAUUACGUGUAAAAAAAUGAAGGAAAACAAUUCAAGAUACAGUGUAUAAGUGUAAAAUUACAUUUGAUUGACCAAAACUGUCUCAUACGUUUCAAUUUGCGUGCAUUUGAUUUCAUUGUGACUAAAUUUGACAAGAUUCACCGUUGUGUGUUUGGAAAUAAUAUGCGAACCAUGUCGGAAAAUGCGGAGAUGUCGGAUGCCUUUUUACUUUGAGGAUUUAUUUCCUUAACGCAACAUGAGCAUACUUUUGUGGCGUCAACGCAGGGCGAUUCAGGUGCGAGCUGCUGCUAUUUCUUUGUCGAGGGAGGAUGAGGAAUGGAGUGACUCGGAGAAGACCCCGUCGGUGAGCAGUGGUGUGGACGGUGGCGGAUCCGCGGUGUCGAGUCCGAUUGCACCGCCGGUGGUUGAGGAGGACUCGAGUUUACCACCUCCUCCGAGACUCAACCCCGCGUCGUCCUCAACCAGUUCCUCCACUAGCGAGGACAUCAGACUGCGCUUGAGCGUCCUUUCGGAGGAUACUAGAAAGCAUCUGGUCAGUCUUACUGAAGACAUCGAGGUUCCCAGGGGUAUACGAGACCGCCAUGCGCCGUCCAGAAGCGUGCGGACACGAGAAUCGAGUCCCAAGGACGUCGAUGAGGAUCAACAGGCUGUUAAGGAGGACGAAUGCCAGCCGAGAUCGUCGUCCUCAUCGUCAUCGUCCACUGCCAUCAGAAGACGAGAUUCUGUCUGUCGCAGGGACUCGGAAGACUCCGUCACCGCGGUGGUCACUGAGGCCAAGAGGAUGAGACUCGAGGACGAAGCACCAAGACUGAGACUCAAUGCUAGUCUGGCGACGGAUCCCGCAUUGCGACCCGCCGCUGUCGCCGCGCUUACUGUGAAACCGGAGAACACGUCGCCACCGAACCAGACACCGCCACUUCCAGCAGGGCUUCAAAACGCAAUCGCAUCGGGUCGGCUGUUCGUCCUGCCAACCGAUGGCAAGGAGACGAUUACGGUGGAGCCGGCGAGGCCGCCGCCAACCGCUCUGGUCUGUCCGCCGUGCGGUAUCCGAUUCAGCUCGGCGAGCACCCUAGAGGCCCACCGCACCUAUUACUGCGCCCAUCGACCGCGUGCAGAGGAAGAUGUGACGAAUGACGAGGAUGACGACGGCAAAUCCGGCGGCAAGUUCGAGGUGCGAAAGGCGUACGCUUGUCCGCACUGCUCGUAUAGCGCCGACAAAAAAGUGUCCCUGAAUCGCCAUAUGCGGAUGCACGCAGCUUCGCCGGCGCCCCCGACGAUAUCACCGGCAGCGACGACGGUGUCGACGAAUCCGAACUCCUCGGCGAACAGCCCCGCUGCUCAAACCACCGCAUCUAACGGUUCUUUGAACGAGGAAGCUGAAAGAUACUGCAGGAAUUGUGACAUUAGGUUCAGUUCCUUAAAGACAUACAGGGCGCAUAAGACACAUUAUUGCAGUACCAGGCACGUGGUGAAGGACACAUUACCGUCGUCGACAGCAACGCAAGCAUCUACAGUGAAAGCAUCGCCGCCGACUAGUUCAAGUCCUGGUGACUCGCCGCCUCCACAGCCAUGUCUGGCGUUACCCACUAAUCCCAUCCUUAUCGUACCAUAUUCGUUGUUUCGCGGCGCGAGCGUCCUUGCCGCGCCGGCACUUCCAGCCCCUGACACUGCGUGCUUCCUUCUGCCAAACGGUUCUCUUCAACCAAUGACGAGAGGUCUCGCUUCCACGACCCAAAACGUGGAGCCGCCUGUUCUAAGAGCGGCGAACAAACCCUCGACGCCAGCAUCAGUGGUCGUGGCAACAUCCACGUCUCCAUCUGCUUCAGCGCCUCUCGAUUUAAGCGUACGCAGAUCGCCAGUGCAUCAGGACGAGAAGGAGAACAGAAUAUCGCCAACGCCAUCAUCUCUGCCACCACCUCCGAGUAGCCCCAGAUCCAGGGGCAGCGGUAGUCCUAGAACGAGAUCCAUCGGUCCGGCACAGACGGUCACCGUCGCGCCACCCCCGCCCACGGAACUCGCGCUGAGACUCGCCGAGCUGCCACCACCCCCCGUUCCCGGGGUGCUUGUCAAACAGGGUGUCUCCAGUUUUGAUCUUUAUAGGUGCAAGGAAUGCAAUAUCGUGUUCUGUAGACACGAAAACUUUGUCGCUCAUAAGAAGCAUUAUUGCCAGGCAAGGGAAACGACGGUGAGCAACAGUCCGCCACCCCCUGGCACGCCCCCGCCACCCAUCUGCGUCCAGCUCAUCUGCGCCGCGUGUGGCAUCAAAUUCGCUUCCAUGGAUAAUCUGGUUGCUCACCAGGCGUAUUAUUGUCCUAAGAGACCCGAACCACAAGAGCAGCAUACACGGUGUUCUAAAUGCAAGGCGAUAAUAGAACCCGGUAGCAAUCAUACCUGCGCCAGUGGAACGACUGGUGGUUGGCGAUGUCCGGUUUGCGGUGCCGUCAGCCCAACAGCCGGUGCUGCCCAGCGUCACAUGGAUGCCCACCAAGGUGUCAAGGCCUUUCGGUGCACGAUCUGCCGUUAUAAAGGCAACACUCUACGUGGUAUGAGGACCCAUAUCAGGAUGCACUUUGAAAAACGCGGCACCGAUCUACAGGAGGAAAAUUAUAUAACGUGCGUACUGGAUGAUGAGGCGACGCUUUCGACACCGGAACCUGCGCCUGCUACGACACCGGAGGAGAUUCCCGCAGAGAUUCAGGUGAAUGGCAAGACGGAGAUACAGAAGAGCCCGCAACCACCGGCGCCACCGCCGCCUCAACCUCCACUGGUACCGGCAAUCACUAAUAAGGUGAAGCAGGAACGCGAGGACACGCCACCGCCGGAAGAGAGUUUGAAUUCCAGCAAAAGCGGUCCUCGCUACUGUGACUCCUGCGACAUCAGCUUCAACUUUUAUCACACCUUUCUCGCUCAUAAGAGAUUUUACUGCUCGAGUCAUGCCGGAGAGGCGAGUAACAAUAAUAAUAACAACAAUAACAAUAAUGCCAGCGGUCAUCCGACACCCCCGCCAACUGGCAGGACCGAGGCAUCGGUGCUGUAAAAUUCCGUGAAGUUUCAUAAUCAAGUGCGACGAGAUUACUUCUCUGCCGUUCGUUUUUAUUUCAUGGAAAAAAAAGAUAAUAUGUACUUUAAAAUAUUUGCCAUGAAACAUUGAUUCUCUCGAGAAAUACGAAUAAAUUUUUCUCGAAGGAAUCAAUUUUGUUAGGUAAAUAAUAAAGUAUGUUAUAUCCUAAAAACUAAUGGUCACAUUAAUCGUAAGAGAGUUUACAUCAGUGAACGUCGCAUUUUCAGGAAAUAAAAUAUGAGAGUUGCGAUAUCUGAUUAAACAGGGACUGUUAAUUGUUGCCAGUUUAUACAUAAUAUAAUGAAAGACUUCUUAAUUGACUGCUAUGUUGUGUGAUUUUUGUUGAUCCAGGGAAUUGUUCGUACUUAUUAUAAGUCGAAGGUAUCUAUAUGUACAUAUAUAUGCGUAUGCGCGAUGUGGAUAGUGAACUCGCAAGAAUAGGUGUGCAACCAGAGCCGUACUUAGAUAAUUAUAUAUAAAUUAAUAUAUAAUCUACAUAUGUAUACGCGGUAAUGAAAUAAACUUUAACGAUGCAAUUGUAUAAAAAAAGCUUUAAUUCUCGUAUAAGUAACUAAUAUUUAAUAUUACUUUCUAAUCGCUCCAAAAUAUACAGGGUGUCCGAUUUUAAAGGAUCCACUCAAAUAUCUCAGAAACAUUGCUUAAUGAAAAAAUACUUCAUUAUAGUGUUUUGAAAAGCUACGAGAAUAUGUAAUAAAAAAUAGGGGAUUCUAUUUAAAAAAUUCAAAGACCUUCCCCUGAUCUUGAGAACACCACCCAGAGUUGUCAAAUCAAUGGUACCAUCUUAUGUCCCUCUUCAAGCCACACAACUUAUGUGUGAAAUAUUUUUCGAUUUAAACGGUGUUUCUGAGAUAUUUGAGUGGAUCCUUUAAAA